AUUCAAUCCCCAAAGUUGCUUCGAAGUUCAGGCUGCAGUUUUAUAGCGCGCGUUCCUAGUGCAAAAUAGAUCGGCGAUGGAGCAGGAUUGCAGUUACGCAAAUGUCUUUCUACAAGUGAUCGGUGCGUUAGUUUUAGUUGCGUGGAUCUAUCGUACCUUUAAAUCGGGACUAGCAAUCGUUUGGGGAUCCUUGAAGGACUUGGUUCUAAGAAGAGAUUGGAAACAGAAAUACGGAAAAUGGGCAGUUGUCUCCGGUGGAUCGGAUGGAAUCGGACGUCAGAUCAGUAUUCUCUUGGCCAAGCAAGGUUUGAAUAUAAUCAUUAUUGCUCGACCGGACGAUAACCUCCAGACGACGGCCGAUCAGAUCUCAUCUGAUUAUGGGGUUCAAGUGAAAACAGUCGGGGUAGAUUUUGCAAAUGGCUGGCAGCUCUACAGCUUUAUUCAGAAAGAGCUGGAUGGUUUCGAUAUCGGUGUUUUGGUUAACAAUGCAGGAAUCCUUCUAAAAAUUGAUUCCUUUGAAAAUAUUGCCUACAACGAGCAUCAAACUAUGGUGAAUGUUAAUAUAAAUGCGGCUCUCAUGUUAACCCACAUCGUGACCCCUUAUAUGAAAAGUCGCCGGAAAGGACUGAUCGUAAACAUUGCCUCGAUAUCCGCCUACACUCCGGCGCCCUACGCUCUUAUGUACGCAGCCACCAAAUCCUUCAUCUACAGCUUCAGCCGAGCACUAACAGUGGAGCUCAAAGAGAGUGGAGUAAAAGUGCAAACGAUAACGCCAUCUUUCGUGGAGACCAAAUUGACUAAGAAAAUGCAUACCUCGCAGCUUUAUCAUCUGACAACAGUGCACCUGGAUUCGUUUGCCAACUCUCUUGGGAUUGUCAUCGGGAAAACGGAACUCACUACCGGUCAUUGGUAUCACGCCGUUCAGCAUACUCUGAGCUCUUGGAUACCAAUAGAAUGGCGAAUGAAACUGUUCGAAAAAGUAUCGAUGCCCGUGAUAAACGGUGAAAAUAUGAAAACCAACUAAUGACAAUAAACCCGGGAUAUUCUAUUUUUCAUUCCUGACACUAGUUUUUAUAGUGUAAUAACAAUCAAAAACAACAUUUUUUUUUAGAAAAUAAUAGUGAAAGCUUGAAAAUUAUUAACUACGAUAAUUUGUGAUUUAAAAAAUUAUGAAGAAAAAUUCAAACCUCAAGUUGAAACUUAUACUCGAAGCGUUGUGUUAUAUACUCUUUUUUUAAAACUUCGGAGCAUGAUUAUGAUUCAUGUGUGAUUUCAUGCAGUCAUGGCCAGUUCAAAAAUAUUCAGGUAUCUAACAUUUGAUUUUUUUUUAACAACAACUAUUAUCUAUUAAAUUAUGCAUCCUUCCCGAGCAGACUUUGAUGUCUGAAUCAAUAGCAAACGGUGGCGAAAAGGAGCUCU